AUGUCUACACCCCGGAAUUCCAACAGCCACGCAGGUACCCUUUCUCCUGACCCGGACGCCAGCUCAACUAUGUCGGAAAAGAAGACAGAGAAUGUAGACGUCAAGGUGCCCGAUGUCAUGGUGCAAGAGAGGACUGGUGAAGAGGAGGAGCAGAGUCAAAAGCAAGCUGCAGCGGAUGGAGGAGUGAAGGCCUGGGUUACGAUUCUUGGCGCCUGGCUGGUUCUCUUUGGGACGUUUGGGUACCUCUACUCUUUUGGGGUAUACCAAGACUUCUAUACCCGACAUUUCUUGUCCAACCACAGUCCCAGUAAAAUAGCAUGGAUCGGGAGCUUCCAGCUUAUGAUGCCCUUCGCCCUCGGCAUUGUUUCAGGCAAAUUGUUUGACGCAGGGUAUUUCCAUGCAAUUGAGAUUUUUGGCGCAAGCAUCUUCACCUUCUCAUUAUUUAUGCUUUCGUUAGCGAAGCCCCAGGAGUAUUACCAGGUCUUCCUCAGUCAAGGUGUCGGGAUGGGUCUCGGUCUUGGUUUCACCUUCGUCCCAACUGUCAGUAUCGUCGUGCAUCACUUCCGCCGGCGAAAGGCCCUUGCAACAGGCGUUGCACUGAGUGGUAGCUCGAUAGGUGCUAUCAUCUUUCCAAUCAUGAUCAAUAACCUGGUGGAAGACAUCAGCUUUGCGCAGACCGUUCGGGCGACCGGUUACAUCGUUCUCCCGUUCCUACUCAUCGGGAACCUGCUUAUGAGGACAGCGUAUAACAAAACCCAAGCCAAUAAACCCAAACUAGACAUCAAGAGUUUCUUCACGGACCCGCCAUAUAUGUGGGCUGUGUUCGGGGCACUCGUCUCGAGCUUUGGUUUUUACUUCCCCCUCAUUUAUCUCCAACUGUACGCCGUCCAACACGGCAUCAACCAAACCUUGGCUUUCUACUCGCUCGCCAUUUUGAAUGCCUCCAGUGCCAUCGGUCGAGUAGCCGGCAACCACCUUGCAGACAUUUAUGGCCCGUUUAACAUCCUCGUUCCAUGCACACUCAUUACGGGCGGUACGAUCUUCGCGGUGUUUGGAGUGAAUGGCACCGGAAGCUUGGUUGUGGUCAGCAUCUUGUACGGUCUGUUCUCCGGCGCUUGGCUCUCGCUGGCUAUGGCUUCAUUGGGUUCUCUCGCCCGACACCCGAGUGAAACUGGGUACGACAUCGGUUUCCCUAUUGUCCUCAACCCUUCUGCUGAUAUUAGACGAUCCGAGUAG